AUGUCCCAAAUGGACCAAUCCAACUAUAUCCGAACACAAGAAUACGUAUCAACCCCGCGGUUUCCACAACAGACCAGCUCCCCCGCGUUGAACAGUUUCUACGGACUGGGUAGCCUGGACGAAUCAGACACAGUAAUUGUGGACACGAAGCAGCUAGACCGAUCAACACACGAGUUCGCCGAAGGCGAGUUCGUCCCCGUGAACUUCUUCAACCGCGUCAAUCUGGGCGGUUUCACGCGCCGCUUCAACGCCCUCCAAUGGAGUUAUGAGAUGCGCCGGCAGGCGCAGUCCGUCUUGCCUUUCUUAUCGCUGGGUCCGUCGGCGUGUUUACGGGACCGGGAUUAUGUCCGCCGUGAGGGAUUCACGUUACUUCUUGCUGUUCGGAAUAAGCAUUCGGCGCAGGCGCGUCUGGUUUCUGGUGAUAAGGCUGCUGCUGAGGUAGGCGUUAUGGCUGAUACGAUUGAUGUGCUUGAUAAUCAGGAGUUGAUUUCUGCUUUUCCUUGGGCUAUUCGCCGGAUUAAUGAUCAUCUUGCUGGGACAGAUACGGAUCGUAACUCUAUGGCUGAAGAUGGUCAUCAGAAGAGGAAGGUGUUGGUAUUUUGUGAAUCUGGGAAUGAACGUUCCGCUGGUGUCGUCGUUGCCUACAUCAUGGUCAUGCUGAAUGUUGAUGUCAAUGAGGCUAUUCAUAUGAUCCAGCAGCGUCGGUUUUGUUCUUCUAUCGAGGAUCCGAUGAAGCGUAUCCUCGAGGCGUUUGACUCGAUCUUAUCUGCGAAGCGUGAUGUCGAGAAAUCCAGGCAUGUUGUUGCGCCGCGUGCCGCUGCGACUUUGGCGCCACCGUCCCAAUCCCAGGUUCUUAUGAAGAAAAGGAGUUUCCAGGAUCAUCGAGAUGAUGACCUUACUGUUGAGGAUGGAGAGAUGGAUAUUGAUGGAGAGGAGACUUGGUUCGCUGAGCGGAAGCCGAAUGCUCCAUUUCAAGACCGUGUUGUGUGA